AUUCCGCCCAGCGCACCUCGCCGCGCCGCCCCGCCCCUCUCCCGCCUCCCGGUGGCGAGCGCGCGCCGAACCGAACGCGCGCCAGUGCAGUUGCGCAUCCGCCGCACAGCGUUUUCUCCCCUCCGCGCGUAAUGCGGGAAACGCGCACCGGGGCGAAGUGAUCGGACUGGGUUGCGCGGUGCCGCCGUCUUUAGACAACAUGGAGCACAUCGUGUCGGGUCUUUGCCCCGCGCGUCGCUGAUUCUCUCUCCACUUCCAUGCUUUGCGCACUUUGACGCUCUUUCUGUCCGGAGCCGUUGGCGCGUCCUACAUUUUUUUUUUUUUAAAUUUCUGGGGGAGGUGUCGUCUGGUGUCUUCUGAUUCCCCUCUCCACAUUGGGAUGUUUAUUGCUGACUAUCUCUCGUAUUUUUUUUGGUCUUUUUUUUUUUUUUGAACGCCUCGUCCAAAUGACUGAGCUCGGGUGCAGCCGGAGACGUGUCUCCGCACUCGGGAAGACCUACGGCUAAAGUUUGAAGGGUGCCGGGUGUCUCUCCGCAGGCUGCGCGUCUCCCCACCGCGCUCCUGGGAUUCUUUGCGAUCACCUUAUGAAUUUGCAAUAAACGGGCGGAUAUCUCACAUCAGGUCUCAUUCCGACUUGGAUUUUACAAGCUGCUGGAUUUCACCCCUGCGCCCCCACCCCCCACCCCCACCACCCCCCAACCCACCGCCCUCCCCAUCCAAAAUCAUGAAGACCGUUAUAAUUGUUGGGGGGCGACUCCUGUUUCUGGUGAUGUGGCUGAACCUUGUGCCUCAAACUGACAGCUGCCCUGCCAAGUGUGUGUGCUACAGUGAGCCCAGGCCCACUGUGGCCUGCCAACAACAAGGACUGUUUUCAAUCCCUACUGAAAUCCCUGUGCGCAGCCAGCGGAUAUUCCUCCAGACCAACAAGCUUACGGUGGUGAGGUCCACCAGCUUCAGCUCUUGCCACAAUCUCACUGUUCUCUGGCUGUACUCCAACAACAUCAGCUACAUUGAGGCUGGAGCCUUCUUUGGCUUGGAAAAACUGGAGGAACUGGACAUAGGAGACAACAGCAACCUCCGCAUUAUCAGCCCUACAGCCUUCCGGGGCCUAACUAAGCUGCACACUCUCCACCUGCACAGGUGUGGCCUGUCAGAGCUCCCCAUCGGGGUUUUUCGAGGAAUGUUCUCCCUUCAGUACCUUUACCUGCAGGAUAAUAACAUUCUAACCCUGCAUGAUGAUACUUUUCUGGACCUUGCCAACCUCACUUAUCUCUACCUGCAUAACAACAAGAUCAAGAUAGUAACGGACAACAUGUUUCGAGGCUUAAUCAAUUUGGAUCGGCUACUGCUACACGAGAACCGGGUUAUCUUUGUCCAACCCAAGGCUUUCAGUGAUCUUGGUAAGCUGAAAUCCCUGUUCUUGUUUUUCAACAAUCUUACCGUCUUGUCAGGGGAGACCAUGGACCCUCUGGUGUCCCUCCAGUAUUUGCGUUUGAAUGGAAACCAGUGGAUCUGUGACUGCCGUGCGAGGACCUUGUGGGACUGGUUCAAACGUUUCAAAGGUUCCAGCUCUGAAUUGGAGUGCAACGUUCCGGAGUUCCUGGCAGGAAAGGACUUGAAACGUCUGAAAAGUGAAGACUUGGAGGGGUGUGUGGAAAUGCCUCAAAUCCAGACCAGUCUCUUCAGUGCCAAGGCACAGUCUGGGAAAUUCCCUUCCACUGAGAAUCCUCUGGGGGAAAACAUUCCCAGGUGUUGCCUCGGAGAUAACGACAAGUCCUCUAUCCUGUCUGGGAAGAGCCGCCAAAUCACUAACAACCCUCUUAAGGAAAAGGAGAACAUGUCUAAGACUAAGUAUAAAGAGCCAGAAAGAACAAAAAAUGAGACCCAGAACAAGCAGAAUGAUGGACCUCUGGGAACCUUGUCCAACACCCUGGACGAGUCAAUGGAAAAUCUAAACCCUGACCUCAUAGACAAUCUGGAAUCAUCCACAGCGUCAAAUAAAAAGAAAAAGAAGUGUUCCAAAAAGCCCAAAUCAGACACCCACUGCAUCAAAGGCCGGGGUACUACCUUACAAAUUCUUCACCGUCUCUUCAUUCCCAUGAUCUGGAUAUCUCUAGCCAUGUCUUAGGACUCCUGAUCUCACUCUGACUACAGGACUCAAGAUUGUUGAUGCUCAUGACAAUGAUACAAAAGAUGCAGUGACAUCUACAACAGGCAGUGACUGAAAAGCAAGGAGUUUCAUCGACCCAUCGCAGUUGAGGAUAACAAUAAUGAAGACGUAAUAGUACAUUUAACAAAAUGGAUGCCUUUACAGAACACUACAGAUCCAAUGUAUAUAAUGAAUUGGUGCCCAAAAUUGUUUGUUCUCUAUGUACUUAACUGUACUGUGUCUAAGCUACACUCCUCCCUUUUUCCCACCCAAAAGCUUUUACUGCUUAAACAGACCACCGGAAGACGAAAAAAAAACAACAAAAAAACACCAACAAGAACAAAACAAAAACAAUUAAAGGAAAACAGAGCGCACAAAGAAUGUUGGGUACGUUUAACGAAGAUAAACAACUCCCCCUAUUAUUUAUUCAAAGUGAUGCAUUUGUUGGGUAAUGUUAUGUUUUUUUUAUGUUUAUAAAAGAACAAAUGUUUUACCUCCCCCAGUUUCAGUUGUAUUUUCAUGACAGAAAGGAUUAUAUGGGUAGCAUUUACCGAAUGAAAUGCUGUCGUUUUGUUUAUUAUGGAUAUUGCAAAGGAACCAUAGAUAUGCAUUUUAUUUUACUUGUGUACAAGUAUGAAUAUAUUAUGAAUAAAAGUUCUUAUUUCCUAGA